AGAAAGUACACGACGUAAAAGACCUCACUUGCAACCACCAGACUGCUGUACUUUUUUUAACCACGUGUGCGUGACAAAGAGUUUGUACUUUCCAGGUUUUGGUAGUAUCAACAGUUUUAUUGGCUCGAAAUAGAUAGAAGCCGUAGUCUACUUCACCAGCGCACGAAAAUCAGUUUACACUUUAUUUCCCCUUUCACACAAGCACGUUUCCGACGAUUUACGCGACUUUUCCGGCGGCUGUCUGUCAGUCGUGAGAGACUGUUUUCUUGAAAAGAACAACGCAUUGGGAAUAAUAUAAGAGCUACUUAUAAACAAAAGGGGAAAAUGGAGCAUCAAAGGCAGGAACAAACAGAGGAGAGGGGGAUGAACAGCAAACCUGAUGCGGGCGAACAGCAGAUCUACUACUUCGGGUAUGGGUCGAAUAUGGGCGCCAAGUCGCUGAAGGGCCGAAAAUAUCAAAUGCAAAUAUGUCUGGGCCUGGAAGGUUGCAAGGGUCUUUAUCAUGCACAUUUUGCAUGAGUGAUGAGGUCUGUGAUGCGCAGGUCCUAGCAUCACAGAUUUUUUGAGAGAGCUUCUUGAUGCUUAGUUAUCACGCAUGAGAAAUGUUGCCCUCUUCGCGUACCAAGAACUGAACUCCUCUGACUGCUCAUGCAAGACAAAUAUUUGAUAGAAUCCGCAGGCAGCAUCACAAGUUUUGCAUUUCCUUAAAGACCGAGACAUAUUUGCGCGCGAUACAAAAAUCCUUCGGGACUGCGAACCCGACCGAGAAAACGGGGGCUGCGUAUCCCGUGUAAAAACGUCCCCACCCCAUAGUCAUGUUGGGAACUCAGCAACACAAAUCCACAAGUUCUGGGCGUCACGCGUGACAGAUUUUGCGCUGUAUUGGGGUGCAGGUUAGCAAGGACAGCCGCAUCCCAAAUCCAUUUUUCUGUCGUGUAUACAGCAUUACAUAUGCCAAAACACAACUGAAGGUGCCUUUCACAGGGAGGCGCAUUCCAAGUAUUCCUGCGCUUGCAAAAAAGAAAAUAAUCUGCAUGACAACUUUGGGGUGGGGACGUUUUUGUUUUUCCUUAGGAUACUGAGUCGUGGUUCCCUACGAUACGAAUCUUUAUCAAGUGCAAAUAUUUCUGGGUUCGGAAGAAAAUAGACAUCUAUGCUGCAGUUUUUGCACCUGCAUAAAGCAAGGAGGUCUACUAGUAUGCACAUGGAGCAGCAACAUGAGAAGUUCUGCGAAGUAGGCGUCUUCUUGAUAUGCACUCCUGCACCAUGAAAAAUCCCCACUCCUAGAGACAAGAGGAAUCGCACUUCUGUUCUGGACUACGCAAGAACACAGAUUUUGUUUGGCUGUUCCAGAAGCAGAAUUGGCAUCACAGGUCUGCACCUUUGCAGGAGACCCAGCUAUGUUUGCAACGUAUAAGAAUAUUCGUGAUGGUCAUCUACCCGAUUUGAUUCCCGCCGGAGGUACGACAGCAUCAAAAGCGAAGGACGGUGACGGAGUUGCAGCUGCAACUGCAACAAGCGACCCUGACACACAACUUCUAUCAAAUGUAAAAAUGUCUGGGUCUGGAAAAUUAAAACUUGUCAUGCUAAAUCCGAAUAAUGCAAACAUCUGUGUUGCAUGAGUGCCAAAAGCUGUCCACUUUCGACCAAGUUGGGAGGGAGUUUCUCAUGCGGGAUAGGCAUGGCAAGGACCUCACAGACUCUGUCAUGCUAAAACCUGCAUUCCAGACCUUAUGGGACAUGGAAAAUCUGCAUGACAAAUCUCGCAAUCUUCCAGACCCAGACAGUUUUACAUUUGAUAACUUCCUAAGCCAACCCAUCGGACGGUGCCAGCCAUCCUGAGGAACUACCAGUUGAUAUCAAAAUGUGAAAAAUUCCCCCUCUUCAGAGGCAUCAACUGGAAAUCUGUGACGCGGGAUUUGUGUAAGUACUUACACCGUUCAGCUUUGUCAUGCAGUAGAGCACUUCUGCAGGCAGAUGCCCACCCUGGGUAGAGCGGGGUUUAUUUGCCGUAGGCGUGUAGUAUGGUAGACGCUCCUUUCCCUGUAGGCCUAACAGCAUCGCAAACGGCGCAAAUUAUAAUGCAGCUGACCCUUUUGAUUUGCCCUCUGGCAACAUCAAGACAGUCAUAUCAAAUCGACGGCGCAAAUCUGCAAAUCCGUGCUGUUUCCAGUCGAGGAGGGGGGAUAAUUUUUCCGCACGAUAGUUGACCUUUGACCUGCCCGGCUUCCCCCUGGCCGAGCUAUCAAAUGCAAAUAUGUCUGGGUCUGGAAACUUGUGAUGCAAAUCUACGAAUUGUGGGCGCAGUACAAUAUCAGCCCAGCAUGACAAGUUUUUGCGCUGCUGUGUAUUUCGUUUUUCGCAUGACAAACUGCGUUUUUGCGCGACAGGCAAGAGGCCCUUUUCCUGCUUCUGUAUCACGGUCUUGCUUCCAGACAAAACACCAGACAUAUUUGCAAUUGAUGCGAGCCCUCCUGGGCCAACAUCCAGCGGGCGGAGAACGCGGAAACGCAAGGAGUGUUGAUUACGCUUUGCAAAUAUAUCAUCUGGGUCUGGACUUGUGAUGCGAAACUUCCAGGACAAAAAGAUCUCAGAUCUUUCUGUGAUGCAUGACGAGGAGUAAUGGCGAGAUUGAUACUUCUCGUAGUGGAGGGCAGUUCGUGGUUCUAGUUCUAGACGCAACUGCGGUCGCAAGAAGCCACGGAAUAAUUGUCAUGCUGGUAAAAGAAGCGCCGCACAAGGGUACUAGCUUGUGCGUCGUACGAAGAGAGUAGACCACCAUCCCAUGACAAAUUCGAAUUGGCUGUGUCUUUCCGGACGCCCAGGGACGAUAUUUGCUUUCGAUACUGAUUAUCAAAUGCAAAAAUGUCUGAGUCUGGAAGAGUGCAAACUUGUCAUGCAUGUUUUCCAUGCCCCCCGAGGUCUGCAAUGCAGCACCUAGCAUGAGAGGUUCUGCGAAGUCUCUAUCAUGUCUGUCCUGCAUGACAAACUGCCGCCAAUCUUGUUCAAGCGUGGACACCUUUGGGUGAUCAUGCAACACAAAUUUUUGCACUAUCCAGACUUAGCAUGACAAGUUGCAUCCUUCCAGACCCAGACAUUUUUGCAACGCAUACUGAUCGAGAUGACCCGAAAAGACUUCGACGAGAAAAUUGUGGCCACAGAGCACCAGGCGUAUCAGGUCAUCGAGGUCUCCUGUGAGGUCGAUGUUGAGAACAAUCCAGUUUUCUUAUCAUUUGUAAAACUUUUCGCACCCCAGAGUUGUCAUGCAGAUUCGCAAUGACGGGAACAUUUGUAAUGCGCAUCUCCAUGAGAGGCGUUUCUAGUCUUGUUUUGGCAUUUCUAAUGCUGUAACCAGGAUGAGCAGAUGGAUUUGUGAUGCGUUUGUCCCUGCUAACCUGUACCACACUGCGGACUGCAAUUUGUGAUGUGUGAGUCCCAAAACUUCUACGCUUGUGUUGCAAAUAAAUCCCCUUCUUGACUCUGAGGUGGGCGGGACGUUUUUACUUAGCAUAUUUCUCCGCCUACCUUGGCGGAAAAAAACGCAUCCCCGCACUCACCCUGCACGUGCCAGAGCCGUGGAAGGUCCGGGACUUGUCCUGGCGCACGGGAGCCUGCAGCUUGCGGCGCUGCAGGGACAGAGCGGCGAGGAAGAAAGAUGAAAAGCCUGCUUGUUGUACGGAGGUGGAAAAUAUUAAAACAGGCGAUGCUGCCGGUGGUCCACCAGGUAAAGAAGAAGCUACGGGCACGACAGCAAGCAAGAAGACAAAAAAAGACGGAAAAGUCGUUCCGACCUACAUCCCGCCGGCGGAACGGUACUUGAAGUUGCUGCAAAUGGGCGCCUACGCAUUGCAAAUAUGUCUGCUUCUGGAAGUAGGAUGCAAGCUUGUGAUGCUCUUUGUCUGUGGUCAUACAAAAAUCUGUCUUGCGCGAGAGGUAAAAGUUGCGCUUUUGUUAAGUACCUUGAUAAAGCCUCUGAUGCUACGCUAUGCCUUCCGGACCUCCUAGCUAUUGAGACAAGAGCUGCAUGGCAAGAAAUUCGGUACCUUGCCAGACCCAGACACAUUUGCAUUUGAUAGCGCCGAGGAGCAGGGACUGAGUAAAGAGUACCAGGAGUUUCUGUAUCAGACAAAAUAAGCACAAAUUGUAGCUUGGUACAAAGUUUUCCGGGCCAAGGAGGACGACGAAAAUCAAAAUCGCAUAGAAUUAUGAAAUUACUGCGCACGGGAUUGCUCCACCUGCAUCUUGCAUCGGGCAACUACUUCUUGGUGUAGGCAUAAGGACGCAUAGUGAAGAUCACUUUUGUAGUACUACAGUAAUUGUCCCAAAAAUGGGAGCAAAAUCUUUUGCCAUGAAAAGUUUAUCUUUGGACAGCAGUGCCACAACUUCCUCCCGGGCCCCGGUCUGCUUUGGUUCUAGAAAGUCAUUUUUUCCCUGCAUACGCCGCAACAGUUGCCCUCUCUCGAAGAUUCCACGAGCGGAAAAAUCUUCGGUACCUGCCUCCGCGUCUUUUGGGGGAAGAUUUUUUGCACAGCGCUCUUCCUGCUCGUGCAGGGAAUUUUGCUGUAUGGAAGGGGAAACAAGCUGUGUUAGUGCAAGUCUGUGAUGCGAUUCAACAUGCAGAGCAAUUGUAGAAUUAUUAGGUGGCCAACUUCUACGCGCCGGUCUUCAUGCAUUGCACAGUCCUCCCAACCGUGUUUGGGUUUCCGUUUCCCUCUUCUAUCUGCGCAUGGCAAGGAGGUUUUUUUGUCAUGCCCGACAGUGGUCAACAGAUUCGUAAUGCUGUUUGUUCCCAUACAAAUUGGAUGCUAACACAGUUUUUUUCUUGGAUAUUUAUCGCACGCUGCGCAUUCCCAUUAAGUACUCCUGGGCGGUGCUUGUUUAUUCGAUAAAGACCUAUCCUGAGUUGUAAAAACGUUUCCAUCCCAUACUUAUUUGUCAUGGAAAUGUGCAAGCGUAAAAUCUUUGUCAUACGCAGGAGCGUUUUUUUAAUGCCCUCUGGCAGUUUGUCAAGCUAGAUUCUGGGUAAGCUGAUCGAGAUUGACUAGGGAUGCAGCUGCAGUUGCUCCGCACGAUUACACUGGAAGACCACACUUGUCAUACGUGAGUCGUCCCAAAACUUCUGGAUUCGUGUUGCAAAGUGCCCAUCGCCAUUUUGACUCUGGGGUGGGGACGUUUUUACUCAGGAUAAUACCCACCCGCUCUUCUGGGUCGUGAUGCUUUGCCUUCGGUACUGCCCGAAAAGAUUUUUGUACGCAGACAACUACGGCCGGGGAAAGGAUGUAACCGUCUGUCUGUCCUUCCCAGAGUUUGUGGAGGUAUCGAAAGGAAAAAUCCCCCCUCCCCCUAUCAAAACGAAAUUUCUGAUGCUGGAUUUGUCUACACAAAUCCGUGUAUUGCUGGAGAGCACUGCAGGCCCAUACUACGUGUGAGCAGAGAGGUUUUUGCCUCGGCACUUAGCAUGAAAAACAUCCGCGCUGUAGGCCCAACAGCAUGUCAAACCGCCUGCACAAUGCGGCGGCUGUCUGUGGAGUUGCCUUCUUGCAAGACAGACACGAUUUGUGGCCACAAAUCAGCAUCACAAAUUUCCACCAAAA